UUGGUUUUGUAAAGUUUGUUCCCAACUUCCCCCCUGCUGGUGAGUUGUUUUAGCCUGGCCCUUGAUCCAGCAGUGGUCGAUCUCGCGCACCAGUAUCGCAUGAACAAUGACAUCAUGCAUUCGUCGAACAAGCCCACCAACGGAGAUCCUCUUCGAUGUGGAUCAGAGGAAGUGGCAAAAUGCACUCUGGUCACCUGCAUGGUGGGCAAUGGUGGAUGUGCAUGCGGGCUCGAUGCUUGUUGCGCGCUGCGUAAUGGUUGGGAUGUCGCGACCAAGCUCGUUUUGUGUUCUUAGGAUCAGGUGUCCAGAGAACCAGAUUGGAAUCAUGUUCUUUUUUCACCAGCAGAUACAGUUUCUGUCGCAUCUUAUUCGAGAACGAAAGGAGAUAGCGAUCCUCACAGCUGAUAUAAGUCAAGGACGUGAUUGCAGCUACACAGUUCCGUCUUGAGCUCCCUCCAGAUUGAGGGUCGAAGGACUGGCGUGUAGGUGAAUAUCGUUCACGCGUGCCCGGUCGAGUUGAUCAGUAGCGUCCGAAAAACCUAACACUCGAGCACAAGCAUUAGUCAAUCUCCCGUACCAAUAUCGUAUGAACGAGGUCAUUAUGCAUUCGUAGCUUAUUAAUGGAGAUCGUCUCCGAUGUGGAUCAGAGAAAGUGGCGAAAUGAACUCGGGUUAUG